AUGGCUGAGUUACUCCAGAGACGCUCUCUUCCACUGCUGCUGUCUCCGUCAGCCAGUAUGCGGGGUCUCUUCUCCGCCCCGCGCUGCGUGUCCCACUUUCGGCGCCGGCGACGAUGCCACGGUACUGUUGCAGCCCCUGGUACGACGAAGAACAGUGAAGCUGUACAUACACUGCCGUCAUUGUCAGCGUCUCCGUCUCCCUCACCCUUGCCAUCGCCAUCGCCAUCGCCAUCGCCAUCGCCCUCACCCUUGCCAUAUACCCCGCACCAGAUUCCCCCCUCUCGCUCCCCGCGGUCAUCGGCCUUGAAGAAGGCGAAGCCCUUCUCCGAUUUCUUGACAGACACCUUCAACAGGCAGCAUGACUACCUCCGUAUCAGCGUUACGGAGCGCUGCAACCUGCGAUGUCUCUAUUGCAUGCCCGAGGAGGGAGUUGAGCUCUCGCCGGCCGCCAAGAUCCUCACAACUCCGGAAAUCGUCUACCUAUCCUCCCUCUUCGUCUCCCAGGGCGUCACUAAAAUACGUUUGACCGGCGGUGAGCCGACCGUCCGGAAGGAUAUCAUACCUAUGAUGCAGCAAAUAGGGAACCUACGCCGUGACGGGCUGCGCGAAUUGUGUUUAACCACUAAUGGUAUUUCGCUACAUCGAAAACUAGAUAGCAUGGCAGAGGCUGGGUUGACGGGCAUCAACCUAAGUCUGGACACGUUAGACCCGUUCCAGUUCCAGCUCAUGACCCGACGGAAAGGGUUCGAAGCCGUGAUGAAGAGUAUCAACCGUAUCCUUGAAAUGAACAAGCAAGGAGCGGGCAUAAAACUGAAGAUCAACGCUGUGGUCAUGCGCGGAUUGAAUGAUAGGGAGAUCCUCCCCUUCGUUGAACUUGGGCGAGACAAGCCGCUUGAAGUCAGAUUCAUCGAGUACAUGCCGUUCGACGGGAAUAAGUGGAGUCAGGGGAAAAUGCUACCCUACAAGGAAAUGCUCGCGAUCAUUCGAGAGAAGUACCCCAACCUGGAGAAAGUCGCCGACCACAAGAAUGAUACGAGCAAGACAUAUCGCGUGCCCGGGUUCGAAGGUCGCGUAGGAUUCAUUACAAGCAUGACGCAUAACUUUUGCGGAACAUGUAAUCGUCUGCGCAUCACAAGCGACGGGAACCUCAAAGUAUGCUUGUUCGGGAAUGCGGAGGUGUCGUUGCGAGAUAUGAUUCGCAAAGGGAAUAAUGGAGAACCAAUCGACGAGGCAGCGAUGGAGGCGCUCGGCCUGUUGGAAUCUGCCAGAAGAGCCGGCCAGGCUGAACAUGAGGGUCUCGUGAACGAACGAGAGAGGGAACUGCUUGAUAUCAUCGGCAUGGCUGUCAAGCGCAAGAAAGCGAAACAUGCUGGUAUGGGAGAGUUGAAGAAUAUGAAGAACCGACCCAUGAUCUUGAUUGAUGAACAUGGUAUUCCAGUCAAUGAAGCUUCCCAGCGGUCCCUAGGGGCUAUCCACACAAAUGGCAAUGCGCAGAUGCACCCCAGGAAAACGCCCUGGUCUACAAUUCCCACAUAUUUCCUCCAGAGCGCUCCUCUCCCUCGGACGCCCGUCCGCCUCUUCUCGACCAAAAGCCCUGAAAAACCAAAUCCCCCUUCCCCAACCAAACCCCUCAUCCCCGACCUCCCCACAGCCUCCGACCCUUCCCUCCCGCACCUCACCCCGUCCCAAACCGUCCACAUGACCUCCAUCUCCCACAAAGCCGAAACCACCCGCGUUGCCACAGCCAUGUGCCGCGUCACCUUCUCCAAUCCAAAGCCGUACUCCCUCCUCACCACGGCGGAGGGCUAUACGAAGAAAGGCGACGUGCUCUCCGUCGCGCGCGUCGCGGGGAUCAUGGCUGCGAAGCGGACGGCGGAUAUUAUCCCGCUGGCACACCCGGGGCUGGGGAUUACGGGGGUGGAGGUUGAUAUUAGAGCAUGUGCGCCGGAGGAGGGUGUUGGUAGAGGUCCAGGGGCGGAGGCAGAUGGGGCCUCUUCGUCUGUGAAUAGCAGCAGCAGCAGCAGUAGCAGUGGUAGGUCACGGCCAGCUGCUACGUUGACGACGGAAGAUUUGAUCUCCUCCGCCGCUCAUCCGUAUGGUAGUAUCCUGGUUACCGCGACGGUUUCUUGUCAUGGGCGGACGGGGGUGGAGAUGGAGGCGAUGACGGCGGUGAUGGGGGCGGCGUUGACGGUGUAUGAUAUGUGCAAGGCGGUGGAUAAGGGGAUGGUGGUGGGCGAGGCGAGAGUGGUGAGGAAGACUGGGGGCAAGAGUGGGGGGUGGGAGUGGGGGGUUAAAGUCGAAGAUGGAAGCGGAAAUGGGUAGUAGUUUUUAAGGUUUUAGGGUUUUUGAGGAGAUGUCGUUUAUGUAUAGUAAGGUUAGAGCGAGGGCAUGAUAUCUCGUUUGGUGCAUGUGCGAGUCAAUGACGUUGGGAGAGAGAUAGCCUUGUAUAAUUUUUAUUAGGAAAAAACGCAUUGAAGCCGCCAUUUAUUACAUUCUCAUGAAACGCCCCGUUUAACUUAUAGAAAUUGAAACUGAAUCAAGAGAGCACAAAAUAGCAUUCAACAAAGACCAUCUGUCCCG